GACUUGACAAUAUAUUAAAGGCCCAUUCCCAUUGUUGCAUUGUGUGAUUGUAUGCGAAAAUGAAUCGAGCUCGGACUCUGCUGGUCGGAUUACAAAUUUUCCUGUUUUGUUCGGACAUUGUUAGCCUAUUUGAACCGCCUCCUCCCAUACACACGCAUCAACCUCCUCCUCUUUCCUUCCGAUCAAAAUCACAGCCUAUUCUUCAACAACCCCUUCAAUUCCCCACUAAGAAAACGAGCAGCGUCCUGGGAACAGGGAUUGGCAGCAUCGUUAACAUCAACUUUUGCAUGUCAUGUUCUUACAGAGGAACUGCUGUAACAAUGAAAAACAUGCUGGAAGCGGCAUUCCCAGGAAUCAGUGUGGAUUUUGCAAACUACCCUGCUACAUUUCCAAAACGUCUGCUGAGCAAGGUGGUGCCAUUUUUACAAGUAGGGCUAAUGGGGAUAAUCAUGGCUGGGGAACGGAUUUUCCCAAGACUUGGAAUCAUGCCCCUACCAGCUUGGUACCUGUCCCUACGUUCAAAUAGAUUUGGAAGUAUUGCUAGCAUUUGGCUUCUUGGAAAUGUCCUCCAAGGCUUCCUCCAGAGUUCUGGUGCUUUUGAAGUCUACUGCAAUGGUGAACUGGUGUUUUCUAAGCUGAUGGAACGCAGGUUCCCGAGUGAAAUUGAGCUGAGGGAUCUUGUUAACAAAAAGCUUCCUAAUUCAAGAGUUGUUGAUGGCAUUGGAGGAAGUCUCUGGUCCUAGUGCUAACAAGGAUGGUAAAGUUGAUGGUUUUUGUUCAGAGUUGUGUUUUAUUCAUCCUAUGGAAUUUCAGCCUAAAAGAGUAACAUCUGAUAGUUUUUGGCUGAAACAUGAUUACUAACAUUUGAU